ACUCAACAUAACAAUACAAAUUACAGUACUUAAUUUCCGAAACAUAGUUAUUUGCCAAAAAGAUAUUUUGCUGCUCACUAAGUAUAAUAUAUUGAUUUAAUUAAAUCCGGAACAAGUCCAAAAAUGAAACACUACUUAAAUCCUAAUCCGAAGUAACCACAAUCGAUUUCAUCUAAUUCCUGGUUCACUACGUUUACAAGCGAAACUCAAAACUUUACUGUAAUUAGGGUUUAUUACUACUUCUUUCAUCUCCUCUAUCAAUCGUCAAUCAUGAAUUGUGAAGUUUGUCAGCUAAAAGAACUUGAUGUGGAGCACUUUGAGAUACGAGAAGUUCUCCGAUGUAUUUUACACACAAUUAUGUUCCACAGAGCAUUAGGCCUGUUGCGGCCGAAGGAUGUUGAUUUGGAACUUUUUGACAUUACAUAUACGCAGUGUGGUGAUGUAGAGGUUGAAAAGAAAAUUGAAGAGAAGAUUAACCAAUUCAUUGAUAGGGUCGAGAAGCACCCUAACAGGAAAAAUCAGAUUUGCCUAUCCUUCUGUGAAGUAAAAAACAAACAGCCCUCAUGGUUCGCGAGCAAAGUUGAACGUUUCUACUGGGAAUACUGGUACAUAAAUUUGAAUGUGGCUCAUCAUCCAAAGGGUCAUUCUGGCAAGUCUCAUCUCUCAAAAGUAGUUGACCCAGGAGAGAGUGCAUCUGAGGAGGGCAGUGCUCGACGCACAGUGUUAGAAUCAUCUCUUCGUGAAGUUAUGUUUCAGAUAAUAAAAUUUGUAAAUGAGAAAAAAGACCAUAUUCCUGCGAUACCAAAUCGCGAGUGUGUCACAUUUCCCUAUGAGAUCACUAUCUCAAGUUCAUCAGAUUCUGCUUUUGGGAUGGAUGUGAUCAGGAGGAUGCUACAGACUGGGCAUCAACCAUGCUCAGCUGAUUGGAGAAUGCCCUGAUGGUGGCCAAUCUUCCCUUUAUCUCAUUCAUUUAGAGGCAAAGUGGUUGUUCAUCCAGUGUUUGGUAAUGUGAAUACAGGCCGAAGUCGAGUAUGGGUUCUCUCUAGUGGCCAAGGACUCGCACACAAUUGAAAGAAAUGGAAGCUACAUGUACAUAUUUGCUAAUCUACUAAUGUACUAUCCUUAAUCAUGUUUCAUAUUAUAGUAAACGAAAUAUAUUGCUGAAUAUUGUUACAUGAUCAAUGUAAUUAAAUUUGCUUA